AUGUAUACAGCCGAGCAGACAUCCAAACAGGCCAAGGGGAUUCGACGAAGGUUCGUCCCGUACCGAGACUCAGUUCUGACAUGGCUGUUGAAAGACAUACUGGGUGGAAAUUCAAACACUGUCAUGGUGGCAACUGUUUCUCCUUCUAGCGCGUGCUAUAGUGAGACCGUCAACACUUUGCGUUUUGGGCAACGCGCCAAAAAUAUUAUUUCUCGUCCAGUAGUCAACGAAGACCCAAAAGAAAAGACAAUUCGAGAGCUGCGAGCAGAAAUAUUCAGGUUGAAGGAAAUACUCAGCGUUCUGCAGAUUUCUACAGAAAUUCAAAUGAAUAGUAACGCCAAUGUCAUCACCACAAAAUUUCAAAAGGAUCACGAAAUCGAUGCCUCUGUGGGCCUCACAGAAGAAAAAAUAGAAAUUGAACCGAUUGUAGAUCACACUGGACAUAAUCUUACAGACGAGAACAAGACGAGUAUUAUAUUGGAAAAAAGCAUAAACGAACUUCUCAGUACGGAGAAACUAGUACCGUUGAUGAACGUAAACAGCUCACUGAAAAAGAUCAAACCCACGACUUUGAAAAGAACCUUUAGCGUCGAUCGCACACUCUUCAAAAUGGAGCGAGAAAAACUGAACAGUUUAGGUUCUGAUGAUUCACUCCGCUCAACGAGUACGAAGUCUUUGAUUUCCAACUUGUCUUCAGAGAGAGGCUCGCUGAACUCUACUGGAGGAACGUCCCAAAGCUCCUACAGAAGACUUUCUCUGACUAAACCGAGCCCAAAUUUUCCUAAAACCAUUCCCAAGCGGAGGUCGUUGGAAGGGCCCUCGAAGAAAACCGAAAAGGCGGUGUCGACUUUAUCUUCUCUGAGCAAAGUUGAGUCGAAAGUGGGUUCCAUCAGACAGCGCCAAGUAAAACCUCGAGCCCAAAUUGUAGCUGCCGUGACAAGCCGGUUGUACUCCAAAAUAAAGAACAAAGAGGUUUCAACAGACACUGACGAUAUCAAUACGUACAGCCUGGUGGAAGUAACUCCAAAGGAGCUCUCUAUCUGCGACAACGCUAGGGCAAGACUGAAGGAAAUAACCAAGAAGGCUCUGCGGGCGCAUAGGAACAAAAACGAGGAGACCCAAACAGAGGUGAUGCAAAUUAGAAGAGUUAAAGAAACGGCGACGGACGUAAACGAUCUUAAGCUGGAGCUGACUGAGGUGAAAGAAGCCGCGACAGUCUACGAUAUCGUCAAUACUAAAGAUGCAUCUAUCGAAUGUAAUACCCUACAGACGUUUGAGGAUCCUGAUCAUAGGAAAUCGGUGUCUUUCACCAGGACUUGCGGUACCCAAUCCACAGAGGAAGGAGAAGAAAGCAGAGGGGCUACAAAAAGCGCGACGCCCAUGUCUUUUACCAAGUACCUCAGAGAUAUUCAAGAUGACUUGCCCCAGAACUCCAUCUACACCAAUUCGGUAAACAUCAACAUAUCUAAUAACUACGUAAAUGGAGAAAGAGUUGGUAACAGCCACAGCGAGGACAGCUUGGAACACCCUGGCCAAAAUAACUGUCUGGCGACACCUGAUUUGCUGAGCAACCACAAUUCCUUGGACCAUCAAGGGUCUUCGAGAGGGGUUGACCAGGACUUGUCCCACGAGAGUAUAGAAGACGUCGGCUUCCAGUUUUUCACAAGUGAGCCAUUCAACCCUCCUAAUGGCUUCAAAGCUUUCAACGUAGCCACGUGUAGUACAGUUCCGAAGUUUGCAAACCUAGCCCCGUCGGUUUUAAUGUCGAAAAGCUACGCCCCCGAAGUCUACAUGUCCAGGAUGUAUCAGGAAGAGUUCUGCUUGCCUUUUCCGAAGUUCAAACCUCGUGUUGGUCUACCGAGGUUGGUGGAGACUGACAGAAGGAAAUGCGAUGAGGUGGUGGUUGUCAAGGAACCACUCGUCUUGAAGUCCAUUGUCAAGAACCAAUCCUUUACCGAAGAGGAGACGGAUGCCACCGCCAAGGACUCGUUGGAGUAUCACAGGGCGAAUAAGAGAGUCCAGUUUUCAGAAAAGGGUGGAGAAGACACCCAGAGGAUGAUCAAUGCCAUGGCUUCGUUUUUAGAGGAAGCCACCCAACUGAUAGCAAAGAUAGAUAGGAGUAGAUCUCCUCCGGUGGACUAUGACGUGGAGGUAACUGUCAACGAGGUUAAAGGACUCGAAAGAUGCUUCAGAAAAACUAGGAAAAAAUCUUCGGGUGAUAGUUUCAGGAACAAAAGUAAGAAAUUAGGGAGUAGUCACUGCGAAGAACCGCACGAAAAAUGCAUUCAAACGUUGUCACCUAUCAGAACGAACUCGUCCACUCAAUAUGAUAUGCCGUAUAGUAUGCCAGUUAACAAAUACGAAGCGAUUCUAGAGGACUCGUGCAGGAGGCUGGAAGAGAAGAUCCGAAGGGUGCCGAGGUCUAGACUAACCCAACACGACUUCCGUGGUGAUAACGACGGAAUUCAUCCGAACCCUUACUUAGAGGAGCCCGGAGCCAGUGAUAUUGACGAUUCCAGUCUGGAUAGCCAUCCAGUAGCAUCUUCAGACUAUGGAAGUCUCCCGAGGAGAAGGUACAUGAGGAGGACGUCUACGUGCAGUCCUAGUGCUUUCUUGAGGCAGCUCACCCAGAUGAGGAAGCAAGUCGUGGAGUCUUCUAGGGAAGAUUCAACCGGGAGUGGGGGUAAUUCAUAACUUUCAGGGGAUUACGGAAUAAUAGUAACUUGUGAGUUCACUUUUGUGGGCGUGUUUGUACAAUUUUUUAUGCAACCCAUUUGGAAAGUAUUUGAUUUUAUAAUGAUCGAGUUUGGAUUAAAAAGUUUUGAAUUUUA